AUGGCCGCCUCAUUGAACCGAUCUCUGCUGCGUUCGGCAGUCCUCGCCAGCCGAUCGUACGCUUCCUCCUCUACUGCCGCGGUCGCACCGCUCCGCUUCGCCACCGCUGCGCCAUCGACAACGCUCUACAACGCGCGACUCUUCUCUUCUUCAAUCGCGCGCUCGCUGGCCACACCCCAGACCGGCCCCACGCAGGUCGCCCCCUCCGCGCAGCCUCCUUCCCCAGAGAUCACCCAGACGGCGACCUACGACGCGUCUGCGGAGCAGUCGCAAGUUCGUGAUGCGCCUGUCUACCCAGACUACUCCGUCGGCCCUUCUGCGCUCGACAAGGCCGGCCAGCUCUUCUUCUUCACCGAGAUCCUUCGCGGCAUGUGGAUCGUGCUGGAGAACUUCUUCCGCCCACCGUACACCAUCAUGUACCCGUUCGAGAAGGGACCGCUCUCGCCACGAUUCCGAGGUGAGCACGCCCUCCGUCGUUACCCUACCGGUGAGGAGCGCUGCAUCGCAUGCAAGCUGUGCGAAGCCAUCUGCCCCGCCCAGGCCAUCACCAUCGAGAGCGAACCCCGUGAGGACGGCGCUAGGAGGACCACCAGGUACGACAUCGACAUGACCAAGUGUAUCUACUGCGGCUUCUGCCAAGAAGCCUGCCCGGUGGACGCCAUUGUCGAGACGCAGAACACAGAGUACUCGACCGAGACCAGGGAGGAGCUGCUGUACAACAAGGAGAAGCUGUUGGCCAACGGCGACAGGGCCGAGGCGGAGAUCGCGGCCAACAUCUGGGCUGACCACCUGCAGCGCUGA